AUGGUCAACAGGGUCAUGCAGGUUUCUUAUAUAUUCAACAGGGACGGACUGACAAUCGGUGCGUUCGGGAAAAGUCCAGAACGGCGGUCCAAACGAGGUCGUCGUGACAGCAAUGAAAACUCUGCUCAGGAGCUUGAAGCCGGCUCGUGUUUGGAGGAGACAGGGAACACCUCCAAUUUCAACGGGAAUGAAAACAAGCUGAAAGCCUAUCUCUACUUGAUUGCCAAGAAGUUGAAAGAGGUGCUUUUGAUCAACGGAAUCAAUGAAUUUCGUCCGGAUGGAAACAUCUAUAAAAAAUUGUACAAGCUCUUAAAAAUGAUCAUUAACUCGGACGUGGGUUCUGGUUCUGGUUCUGAUUCUGAUUAUAAUUUCGGGCCUAUACCAAUUGACACCAAAACAGACAUCAAAAUAGCAGAUUUUAGUCACUAUGCUAAACUAAUUUAUUUUCUCAUUAAUACCUGGUUUAAAAGUCCAGAUAGGCAGCAUAUCCACUUCUCAGUCGGUAAAUUUAGGGUAAAGAUGAGAGCAGGCGAUCUGUACUGCUGCCAUCCAAUCAAAGAAGAAGACAAAGGGAAACUUUCUUAUCCGAGAUUGCAAACAUCAACAUUUUUCAAAAAAAACUGUUCUGAGACUCUCUGGAACUACAUUACAGGGAAUCAUGACAAAGUGUUGUCUUCUAUACAGGAAUUUGGAGAUGCCAUAGCAGUGUGUGCUGUUUUAUACUCAGAAGUUAUCAGGAAUCCUAACAUGUGUUUCCUGAACAUCCUCAUGAUGGUGACCUUUAAAUCAUGGCAAGAGUUUAAAGACAACAAUCCCAUGUUAACAGGGGGAUCAUGGAAACAUCAGGAUAAUAAGGUCCCAGAAGAGGUUAGAGAAAGAGAGAAAAUACUUCUUUACACUUGUGUCGAGAAAAUAAUCAGGAGAGAUCAGGAAGUAGGAGAGGAGGCGCUAAAUUCGAGUUUGCUCUUCGAAAUGAAGAAGCAGAUUGAGGAUAUGUAUAUGCCUGUACUGUGUUCUAUACGAUAAGCUCCUGUCACUGAAACAGAUUAAUUGUGUAUUUAAAAUAUACUU